GGAUGCUGGGUGAGCGGCCUCUGAACGGACAGCAGGCGUCUGGUUGUGCCGCUGCUUCUGAAGCAGUCGAGGACUUGAAGGCCAGGGCUGACCCAGAGUGUUUGCUCUCGGCUGGUGGAGAAUGGGUGAGAUAGAGGGGACGUACAGAGUCCUGCAGGCAGCAGGGACACGCCUGGGCACCCAGACCCCCUUGGGAGUUAGCACCCUUGAGCCUGGACAGAGGCUCCCACCCAGGACGCAGGAGAAGCACCUGCACGUCAGGGUGAAGCUGCUGGACAGCACCGUGGAGGUGUUCGACAUUGAGCCCAAGUGUGACGGCCAGACCUUGCUGACCCAAGUGUGGACACGCUUGAAUCUGAUAGAGAGUGACUACUUCGGGUUAGAGUUUCAGAGCAUCCAGUGCUGCUGGAUCUGGCUGGAGCCCACGAAGCCCUUCGCCAGGCAAGUGCGAAGGCCAAAGAACACAGUGCUUCGCCUGGCCGUGAAGUUUUUCCCACCGGACCCUGGUCAGCUGCAAGAAGAGUACACGAGGUACUUAUUUGCCCUGCAACUCAAGAGGGACCUCCUGGAGGAGCGUCUGGUCUGUGCCGACAACACCGCAGCUCUCCUCACAUCCCACCUUCUGCAGUCUGAGAUUGGAGAUUGCGACGAAACCCUGGCCCGAGAGCACCUGAAGGCCAGCGAGUACCUGCCCAGCCAGGGCCGCUGCCUCGACAAGAUCCUGGAACUGCAUCGGAUGCACAUGGGCCAGACGCCUGCAGAGUCGGACUUCCAGGUGCUGGAGAUCGCCCGAAAGCUGGAGCUGUACGGCAUCAGAUUUCACAGGGCCUCCGACAGGGAGGGGACCAAGAUUAACCUGGCUGUGUCCCACAUGGGCAUCCUCGUGUUCCAGGGCACCACCAAGAUCAACACGUUCAACUGGUCCAAGGUUCGCAAACUAAGCUUCAGGAGGAAGCGAUUCCUCAUCAAACUCCACCCAGAGGUGCACGGGCCCUACCAGGACACGCUGGAGUUCCUGCUGGGGAGCAGAGACGAGUGCAAGAGCUUCUGGAAGCUCUGUGUGGAGCACCACGCCUUUUUCAGGCUCGCUGACCAGCCGAAGCCCAAAGCGAAAGCCGUGUUCUUCACCCGGGGCUCCUCCUUCAGAUACAGUGGGAGAACUCAGAAGCAGCUUGUGGACUACGUUCGAGACGGAGGGGUGAGGAGAGCCCGGUACGACAGAAGGCACAGUGCGACACGGAUGUCUGUGCGUGCUCUGACUGCAGACCUGCCGAGACAGAGCGUCUCGUUCACCGAGGGCGUGCGGACGUCUGCCUCGCUCUCUUCAGCAAGCGCCUCCUUUGGCCGGCUCCCGACCUCCCCCGUCAUCCCUCCCUACCAGCCUGAGCUCACGGAUGGCAACAACAGUGCCCUGGCGGAUCCCCAGGCCCCCCAGGGCAGGAGUCCCGCGGCAGAGAGGAGCUGUGGAGCAGCGGCCCACGGCCUGGACGCACCAUCGGCCCAGCACCCGGGGCCCCCCGCGCUGCAGCCUGGUCCAGGCCUUGCAGCGGACAGCCCUCAGCCAUCUCCCUCCAGCCAGAAGAGCCAGCUGAGCCUGAGCCCCACGCUCGAGGUGACUCUGGGCCCCGCUGAGCACAGCGCGUCCCCCCUCCUGAGCCCUGUCCUUAGCGACGCUGGAGCUAGGAUGGACUUCGAGGAGGAACCGAGGCACAAGCGCCUGCCGGAAGAUAAGGCCUAUUUCAUGGUGAAGGAGCUCCUUGCCACAGAGCGCACCUACCUGAAGGAUCUGGAAGUCCUCACUGUGUGGUUCCGCAGUGCCCUGGCCAAGGAGGACACCACGCCUGCAGCCCUAGUGGCCCUGCUCUUCUCCAGCAUCGACCCUGUCCACGAGUUCCACAGGGCCUUCCUGCGUGAGCUGGAGCAGCGGCUGGCACUCUGGGAAGGACCCUCCAGUGCUCACGGGAAAGGCGGCCACCAGCGCAUAGGGGACAUCUUGCUCAGGAACAUGCGUCAGCUAAAGGAGCUCACCAGCUGCUUCCAGAGACACGGUGAAGUCCUGGCCGCGCUGGAACAGGCCACCCAGCGCUGUAAGAGGCUGGAGGCAGUGUGCAGAGAGUUUGAGCUGCAGAAGGUCUGCUACCUGCCGCUCAGCGCAUUCCUGCUGAAGCCCAGCCAGCGCCUGGUGCACCUGCGCCUGCUGCUCAGCCGGCUGUGCGGCCACUACCCGCCCGGGCACCACGACUACGCCGACUGCCGUGACGCCCUCCAGGCCAUCUCCGAGGUGACUGUGGCGCUGCAGCACAGCCUGGCGCGGCUCCAGAACCUGCAGAAGCUGGUGGAGCUGCAGCGGGCCCUGGUCGGCAUGGAGAACCUCGCUGCUCCGGGCAGGGAGUUCAUCCGCGAGGGCUGCCUCCACAAGCUCACCAAGAAGGGACUGCAGCAGAGGAUGUUCUUCCUGUUCUCAGAUAUGUUGCUGUACACAAGCAAAGGUGUCACCGGGAGCAGCCACUUCCGGAUACGGGGCCUCCUUCCGCUCCGUGGCAUGCUGGUGGAGGAGGCUGAGAGCCAGUGGCCGGGUCCACACUGCUUCACCAUCUACGCAGCUCGGAAGACAAUCGUGGUGGCGGCCAGCACCCGGCUGGAAAAGGACAAGUGGAUGCAGGACCUCAACACUGCGAUCCAAGCAGCACAGAGCGGCGGUGGCGACACGGCCCCGGUGCUGCCAGCUGGCACCCUGUGCACUCCAGCACGCCGGUCGUCUGACGAGGUCUCCGUGGAACACGAGUCACAAGCAGCAGCUUGGGGCACUCAGGGCUCCCUGGAGGGGCGGAGCCCACACCGGGCCAACACCACGGUGCACGUGUGCUGGUACCGGAACACAAGUGUGUCCAGAGCCGACCACAGCGCUGCCGUGGAGAACCAGCUCUCGGGGUACCUGCUGCGCAAGUUCAAGAACAGCAGCGGCUGGCAGAAGCUCUGGGUCGUCGUCACGAACUUCUGCCUGUUCUUCUACAAAACUCACCAGGAAAACCACCCUCUGGCCAGCCUCCCACUCCUGGGCUACAGCGUGAGUGUCCCCAGGGAGGACGACGGCAUCCACAAAGACUACGUCUUCAAGCUCCAGUUCAAGUCCCACGUCUACUUCUUCCGAGCCGAGAGCAAGUACACGUUUGAGAGGUGGAUGGAAGUGAUCGAGAGUGCCAGCAGCUCGCCUGGGAGACCCCCGAACCUCGUGCAGGACAGCCCAGCCGGGGGCAGGGAGGCCUGACUGCACCCUGCCUGGACGAGGACGCCUGCAGAGAGGUGGCCACCAACAGCAUGGAGGGAGCUCAGUCACCUCUGGGGGAGGCUCUGCCCCACCAAAACCCCCUGAGGCACCAAGAGGACAGGCACAUGCCUGGCUGCAGCACGGCCCCCCUGCCCUGUCCGCUCCCCAGGGCAGGGCUCCCGUUGAGGACUGGCCUCAGACAAAUCCUGGGGCAGGCAGCCCCACAGUCCGGCUCCACCCGGCCUCCGACAAGCACUGCACUCAGGCUGCUGGCCCCGGGGCAGGGACUUCUGUCCCUGGGAGGGGCCGAGAGCUCUGCCCAUUCAGUCCCAUGACGAGGCAGGGCCUGCGCAGGACCCAGAGUGCCCCAUGGCCUCCAACCCACUGGCCCUCACACCGCUCAGCCACUGGCAGCCGACGUGGACUCCUCUCGCACACGUGACUACAAAUAAACGGCCGAUCCCACGCGGCGC